AUGAACGUGUCCGCGCGGGAGCACAUCUUGAAGAUGAAGCUGCCAUUCCAGAUUGACACGUCUCCCAUCUACAUGCUCGUUACGAUCUUCGAGUUUCUUCAUCUGGCGAUGUGCGGCUGUGGAAUUUCCACGGUAAAUUCGCUCAUCGUCACCUUGAUACUGCACAUCGGUGGUCAAAUCGAUAUUCUUCGCGAUUGGCUACUGAAAGCAUUUUCCAAAAAUAUGAUGCACACCGUGGAUCGAAUAACGAUGAAGGCAUUGAUAAUAAAGCACCAACAGAUAAUCAUGUUUUCGGAGAACGUCGAGAACCUUUAUACGUACAUCGCGCUGAUGCUGUUCGUGUCGGACACGCUCAUUAUAUGCUGUAUAGGAUUCAUUAUCGUUACCUCAAUCGGUACACCUGACGGACCAGCAAUUUUGAUAAGGUCCGUAUUAUUUUACAUUGUGAUGAACCUCGAGGCAUUUAUAUAUUGUUUCGCCGGUGAAUACUUGAACGCCAAGAGCAAAACAAUCGGAGAUGCGGCAUAUGAUUCUCUCUGGUACGACGACACAACAGAAAAGAGCCGACUUAUGCUGCUCAUAAUCUUAAGAUCGCAAAAACGAUUGACCAUCACAAUCGGAAAAAUUAUGGAUCUCUCUUUGGAACGAUUUACUAGCGUAGUGAAGGCAUCCGCAUCAUAUAUUUCGGUCCUAUUAGCGAUGUACUGA